AUGCUGUGGCCGAGCCGCAUUUUUGAAGAUGAAAGUGAAAAAUAUAUGAGUAAUAAAGAAAAAAAACAUCGAAGGCGUGAAGAUGGUAGCUCUGAGAAGAAGAAAGGUAAAAAGCAAAGAGGGCAUCACCAUCAUAGUUCUUCUAGUAAUGGAAGUGAUGAGGAAGAUAAAUUUGACAAACGCCUUAAGCUGUUAAGAGAGAAGAAAAAAGCAAAAAAGAAAAGUGAAAAAGCAAAAAUAAAAGAGACCGAAACACUGGAAGAAAAAAAAGCAAGACGGGUAGCAAAAAAGUUAAAAAAGGUUGAGAGAAAUUCAACAAAUGUAGUUGUUGAUGAAGUGAAGUAUACGGAUACAAAUAAUCCUUUUAAUGAUCCUAAUUUGACAACCACAUUUAUAUGGACCAGAAAGCUAGCCGCUGAAGGCAAGAGUGGUUUGUCAUUGAAACGAAUUCAGAAGAUGAAUCGAGAUCGUGCACUUAAAAAUUUGGCUGAAAUGGAAGAACUAAAGAGAAACAGAAAAGCUCGAGAUGCUGCUCGGGAAGAUUUGGAAAUGAUCAGAAGAGAUGAGGAAAGGCGGCACAAUUCAGAUUGGCAUGCUACAGAAGAAGAAUUUUUAUUAAGCCAAGCUAAACUUCGUACACACAUUAGAUUGAAGGAAGGACGAGCAAAGCCUAUCGAUUUACUUGCAAGGUAUAUCAGCUAUGAUAACAAAGUAGUCGAAAAUCAGACGGAUGACGAGUUCGAAUUUGUUGAUCCUCUAUCAUAUUUGAAAGGAUUUAAAACUAGAGAUCUUGAAGACUUAUUGGAAGAUAUUAAGAUUUAUCGGAAAAUCGAUUCUGCUAAAAAUGCUAUGUGGUGGGCUGAUUUUUGUACAGUUGUUAAUCACGAAAUACGGAAGCUAUCAAAUGACAUUAGUUCUGCUGAUGUGAGAGAAUCGGUUCAUAAUUCCGUCCAGAAAGAUAUCAAUCAGUUAUUCAAAAAUAAGACGCAUCAAGAAUUAGAUGCGUUAGAUUCCCAGAUUAAAAAGAAAAUUCGUUCUGGUGAGCCGGGGACAGAUGUAGAAUUUCUGGAGUUCACAUUGCAACAUCUUCAUGUUCACAUGGCAAAAGCGCGCAUUACUGAACGGCAUCAAGAAAUUCUGCAACACAAAUUGAAAAUGAUAAAGCAGGAACAAAAAGUUGAAACACAUAAGCGUGAAGUCGAGCAAGAACAAUAUUACAAAGAUGUAACAGGGAAACAUCUCGACGACUCAGCGCAAUCAGUUAAGUUAAAAAUUCUUCCUGUGCAGCUAGACGAUCUCGACUAUGCUGAUGAUGAACUCAAGGAGCAGAAAUGGCGACUUUUGAAUGAAGAAGAAAUGGAAAUUUUAACUCUUGAAAUGUACAAACGUGGUUCGUAUAGUCCAUCUUACGGUGAUGAAAAAGACGCCAUGCCCGGUAUCGAAAUCCUCGAUGAGGCAGAGGAUGCAUUUAAACUGAAACAUAUGAUGGAUGAGGCA